AUGUCGCUCGCACCGAGGCCCAAACCCGCCUCGCGAAUCAGCUCUCAACGACUUCCUCCCCCUUCAUUAUUCCAAGGACCUCCAUCUCGCAAUGAGUCGAGUGCUUCAGUCCACGUGGGCUUACUGCCCGGAAACCAAGACCCUGCAUCAGCUCAACGGCCCGGUGUACAAAGGGCCAGAUCCAGAAUGUCCGGCCUAUCGCCAAAUGGCAAUAGAAGCUUAUCGCCGUUCCUGAGCCGAACACAGUCACCACGGGAAACCGACAGUGCUGAAAUCUUAUGGCAAGAAAUGCAGAAUACGCUAGGUGAAGUCGAGCUCAGUGCAUUCAAGGGAGAGCAUGUGUUUGGUGAAGAACAUUCACGAGCGCUAGAGGAAUUACGCUUGAAGCAGCUCAAGUUAGCUCAAACUUGGACGAGAAAUGAGGCAGAUGAAGUGGAUGAAAACGAAAGCAAAGAGACCAAUAGUCCAUCAGAUACAAAGUCGCAGAAAGCAAGUACUGUGCCCCAUGAUAAUGGUACUACGACGACUACAGAUGGCGCUGCGAGUUAUAAAGCACUGGAAGCAGAAACCGAGAAAGAUCUACAGCAAGCUCGAAAGAGGCGACUAGCCAAUGAUCAGUAUUUCGAUCGCGUCAAUAAUGGUGUUUUGGAUGUUGUUGCGAGCUUGGAGGAAGUUGCGCAGGCGAUGCGUGCCGUGAGAAAAGAAAGUGAAGACAUUUGGAACGAUACGGCAAGUGAGAGUCUAAACGUAACGGCAGAUUCGAUAACUGGAUGA